CCUGCUGGAGACGCGUGGGAGCCCAGGGAGCGGCUUCCACUUCCCGCGGGAUCCCUGGAGAGGCCCGCAGAGCCAGCCCCCGCCCGAAACCCACCCCCCUCACCCCUUCCCCCUCUCCCCCUUCCGCUGCGUCUCUCUGGCCUCCGGCCCCACCCCUCCCACCCAAACCCCCCCACCCCUCCUCUCCCAAUCCCCCCCCACCCCCCACCCGCCGACGCCACCACGCCCCAGGCAUCGGCGCCCUGGGGCCCCUCGGAGGGCGAGGGCGGGCUGUCCCAGGGCUCAGCGGCAGGCAAGAAGGGGUGGAGCCUGCUCUGCCUGUGGGCCUUCAUAAGAGCCGCUGGCUGUCUGCGCCGGCCUCCUGGCUGGACCUGAACGCAGUGCGCAGGCCGGCUGAGGAGCAGGGGAGCCCUCCGGCCUCUCUCUGCCCGGGUCCGUCCGUGGAAUUCCGGCCGGGGCUCCCCGCGAUGGCUCUCCCGACACCUUCGGACGGCACCCUCCCCGCGGAAGCCCGAGGACCAGGACGGCGGAGGAGACUCGCCUGGACCCCGAGCCAAAGCCAGGCCCUGCGAGCCUGCUUUGAGCGGAACCCGUACCCGGGCAUCGCCACCAGAGAACGGCUGGCCCAGGCCAUCGGCGCUCCGGAGCCCAGGGUCCAGAUCUGGUUUCAGAACGAGAGGUCACGCCAGCUGAGGCAGCACCGGCGGGAAUCUCGGCCCUGGCCGGGGAGACGCGGCCCGCAAGAAGGCAGGCGAAAGCGGACCUCCGUCACCCCAUCCCAGACGGCCCUGCUGCUCCGAGCCUUUGAGAAGGAUCGCUUUCCCGGCAUCGCCACCAGGGAGGGACUGGCCAGAGAGACGGGCCUCCCGGAGUCCAGGAUUCACGUCUGGUUUCAGAACCGAAGGGCCAGGCACCCGGCACCGGGUGGCAGGGCGCCGGCGCACGCAGGCGGCCCCUGCAACUCGGCCCCCGGCGGGUGUCACCCUGCUCCCCGGUCGGUCGCCCCGGCAGGCGGGGAUGCUGCCUACGCCGCCCUGGCUCCUCCGGAAGGGGCGCUCUCCCACCCUCAGGCGCCUCGGUGGCCUCCGCACCCCCCGAGCAAAUGCCCGGGGGACCGCGACCCGCAGCGCGACGGCCUGCCGGGCCUGCCCGCUCAAGCUGGGCCACAGGGCCAAGGUCUGGGCCCGGUGAGAGCCCCCGCACAGCGGAGAACUGCCAUUCUUUCCUGGGCGUCCCGGGGAUCCCGGAGCCGGAGCCGGCCCAGGUACCAGCAGGCCGAGCCCCGCAGCGGAGCGCCAGGCCCACCGCCCCGACCGCCGACCACAGAGGAGCCACACGCAGGACGACUGAAGCCUGAUUUCGGAUUCCACGUCGCUUGGCCCUCUGCAAGGGGGCCAGUUGCUCACGUCUCUCCGGCCCCCCCCCCCGAGGGGCUGACCGUGUUGACGGUUUGCUUCCGGAGCCCUGCGGGCACCCCGAAACAUCCAGGGAAGGGUGGAAGAGCAGCAUCCUGUCCUCGCCCUCCCUGCCAGCCUCCAAACGGGCCACACUGCAGACUCCCCACGCUGGGGGACACGGGAAUCCAUCGUCAGGCCAUCACGCCGGGGAUGUAUCUUGUCUCUGGGGUUUCGCUCUGCUCUUCGACGGGAGCCACACACCUGCGUGUGUGA